UCAGUACUGAGAGCGCUGUGGCUCUGUGGAAGUGUUGUGUAGUGACGUCACCGCGGGACGAGCAAGGCUAUCUUGGUCUCGGAGUAAACAACAACAACAACAACAACAACAACAACAAAAAUACUUUUCCUGGAAAAAUACAUGCCCAACGUAGGCCAUAAAAGAAAAAAAAAAACCUCAACGGAAAACGGAUCAACUAACGGAGUUGGCGUUAAGACGUGACACCGAAGCGCGCGACGCUGCGUGUUGGUCGGUUCCUCCAUGCAUCCCCUCUGCGCACGCGGAACCAUGAAGCCCGAGAUAACCGCCGCCGUCGGAUUCCUGUCCAGGUUCCUGCGCGUGAAGGGACUUGUGAACGACCGACAACUUCAGACAUUCAGCCAAAUACUCCAAGACAUGAUGGCAGAGCAAUACAAGCACCACUGGUUUCCUGAUCGUCCGUGUAAGGGAUCAGGCUACCGAUGCAUACGCAUUAACCACAAGAUGGACCCUCUGGUGGGCCAGGCAGGUCAGCGCAUCGGCCUCAGCACACAGCAGCUCUACCUGCUGCUUCCUAGCGAGCUGACUCUUUGGGUCGACCCAUUUGAGGUGUCCUACCGCAUCGGCGAAGACGGCUCCAUCUGCGUUCUGUACGAAUCUCAGCCCAACCCCAGCGCUACUCCGAAUACCAGCACCAACACUUCCACUGGAACCAGCAGCUCUGCCUCAUCUGUGUCGUCCAUGCUGGAUAGUCACAUCAGCUGCAAGGAAGAACUGCUGGUGCUCGGUCGAACCAGCCCGGCUAAGCCCUACAUGAUGACCGUGUCCAGUUAAAGGAGCCACGGUCCAUCGUGUUUUUUUUUUCUUUUUAAAUAAUGCAAAAAAGAGGAAAAAAAAAUCAUGAAAGAGAAGAAAAAAAGCAAAGGAUGUAACCUAAUGUUCAGGCGAUAGAAACCUCGUAGGUGUAAUUGCGCUCGUUUUUGGUUGUUUUUUUGUGUUGAAUUAACCAGAGGCUCAGACCCUGGGGCAGCUAUGAAGAUGUGAGAUAUCGCCCCUCUUCCUGGAAUAGACUGGUCUUUGUGACUGGACUUGGGGCUUUUACUCGUGUCUAUCAAUGGUGACUUUGCACUUUUGCUCGCUCUUUGUUAGUUUACCACACCACCACCAUCAUUACCACCACCACCGUCAUCAUCACCAACAACACUGAAAUGAUAGUAAACCAAAAAUGGUUGCUCUGAAGCCUAGGUACCAGCAGCUGCACUGGUGCUGAGGGGCUGCCUUUAAGAGUCUUUUCUUUUCUUUUCUUUCUUUUUUUUUUUAUUUUAAUACCCCAUCCAUUCUUGAGCGCUCCGUGAGGCACUGUUUGUUUUAAUCUCCAUCUUGGCCUCUGGGUUACUGCAGUUGCUAACCUUUGACCUCUUCCUGGGCUUCUGACCAACUGAAAGUUAAAAAAAAAAGAACAACAAUAAACCCUGCUUUCUUUCCCGCUCCUUCGUUCCAGUUCCCUGGAAAUGCCCCUGCUAUUCACUCUGCUGUCAUGGCCAUCAUUGUGAGCACUGUGACAGAAAUGUUGUCCUAUGGAUAGUUUGUUCCUAGGUGUAGGGGCUCCACUUCUUCAUGGUUUAAUGUCCCUCAGAGAUGGUUUUUAUUGUGUGGCACCAAAAUGAAGACCUAGCGUAAUUGUCCCGGUUUUGUAGACAGCUUAGACUAGACGUUGAAUGCACUUUUUGACAUUGAGAUAGUUUUCCAUGGAAAUUCCGACAUUUCUGCGCUUUGAAAUUGCUUUAUUUUUUAUCCAACCUAAAAAACAAAACAAAACAGAAACCAUUUUAUCCUAGACCAGGGCUCAGAAACCCAACAGGUAGGGGAAAAAAAGUGACCCUAACCUGGUGAAUAUCAUUUGAAUCUGAUUUGAACAUGACGGUCCGAGGUGGGUUUAACGUUCCAGUGCUUUUCAAACCAAGACCAAGUCGUGCAGGUUUUAUUCUGUGUAGCUGUGUGAUCAUUCUGAGCAGGAAGAGUGUUGAGUUGGCACUGGUUGUCUGGAAGGUGUGUGUGUGUGUGUGUGUGUGUGUGAGAGUGAGAGUGAGAGUGAGAGUGAGAGUGAGAGUGAGAGUGAGAGUGAGAGUGAGAGUGAGAGUGAGAGAGAAUGUGUGUUUUUAAGGAUAAGAUAACAAUCACAUGUUUGUUUUCAUGCCUGAACCACCCCCACCGGCUUGGCUAGUCUAUUCUUGUGCCUCUCUGAAGCAGGGGCAGGCGUUUCUCCCCCAUUUCCUUGUACCACACAGGGCUCAGCCUUUAGGCGUCUCUGCCAAGCCUGGCUGUGCCGCCUGCACAGACACACAAACACACACACAGGAGAGAAAGGACUACCGGGCCUGCUGUCACACAAAGAGCUGGAGCGCUGUCUUAGCACAUAUCAUCUCCCUCCUCAGGCUGGGUGGAUGUGGCGGGACGGGGCAGGCGGGGGGGUCACACACCAGACCAGGGCAGCUAAAAACCCUUCCCCCUGAUCCCCCUGAUCCACCCCACCCCAUCACCAUGUACUCACUGAGCAGCCAGGAGGAGAGGCUAGCCAACACACACAUGCACAGCGCACUCCAGACCCACUGAGCCUUAUUGUGUGUGUGUGAGAGAGAGAAAAGACAGAGCUGGCUUUGGUUCACGGUGCUGCUGAUGGAUUCAUGAUGAACCUGUUUACAAUAGAUCAGAUUCGCACUAGUGUGAGAGGGGGUAAGAUCAGAGUAAGGAAGAUGUGUUUGUUAGAGAGAGAAGCCACAAUGUUGGUGCACCGUUCUCUUUUUCUCGCUGUCCCAUUGGUUUGUCCUGCUCUCAUCAGGCUUCAGCAGUAAUUCUUUUCAAGCCCCAGGUUAGUCAAAGCGGCGAGCCCGCGGCAGGCAGGCAGAUGGACCCCGGUCUCUGGACAAACACCUCCUACCUGUCCUACUGCUUUUAUUUGGGUUUUUUUUUGUCCCAUAGGUUAUGUUUUUCUGGGGUUUUUUUAUGAAUGAGCGUUUCACCACAUUUCGAACUUCAAAUGCGAACGUCUUUAGAACCUUCGAUUUUAACAGCUAUAGCUCCCUUGUCUAAACACGCUGAGCCUCAGUGGUUCAGCGGGCUUCGGUGGCGUCCGAGAUCUCGCGGAAAUAAUAAAAGAGCACAUAAAAUGCACUAUGUUAUACGGUGAAGUCACGUGACACUGAGAUGUGAAAAGUCUCUUAAGGAAUGUAUCGCCAAACUCAGGCCUCAGACAUUCAGUGAAACGUGUCAGGAUGUGCAACAUGGAAGGGAGUUUCUUUCAUUUGUGUCAUGUUUUUUUGUCAUCUUUUCAAAAUUAUUGUCACUUUCACACGUGGGCUGCUUUGCAUAUUUGUAACGUGUAUUGUAGUCGUAACAACGUAUCGUAGAACACAGACCUAACAUUACACAAUGGGAAGUGCCAAUAAUUUCUAUUUUGAGGUGUUUCAAUGUGUUCCUUUUGUAUUUCAUAUUUUAACACAGAUCGCUCUUUCAUAAACGAAGCCAUUUGUGUCAGGAGUGUUGGCGAGGACCAAAGUUGUUUUGGUACAUAAAUAUUUCCAUGCUCUGUGCCAAUAGAUUUAUCCUUUGUUCUUUUUUUUUUCUUCCCCUUCAUGUUUUUUUUUUUUUUUUUUUUUUA